UGCAGGGAGCGCUCUGCGAGUAGCGUCGUUUCCGUUGCCGGCUGUUUGCAGUUGGGGAAACCGAGGCAGCUCCAGCUUCCCCCUAGUUCUUCCGCUCCUGUGAGGUGGCCGCUGUUUCUUUUCGUCUCGCCCCGCGCUGCUUCGGAAAAAAUGUUUGUUUCUUUGUGGGAGUUCUUCUAUGGGCACUUUUUUCGAUUUUGGAUGAAAUGGCUCUUACGACAGAUGACUGGAAAGUGUGAACUGCAGCGAAUUUUUGAUACCUAUGUAGGUGCACAAAGGACACACAGGAUAGAAAAUUCCUUGACGUACUCCAAGAAUAAGGUUUUGCAGAAGGCGACACUUGUUGUUCAGAGUGAAGUGGACAAAUGUGUAGAAGAUAUAAUGAAAGAAAAGAAUAUUAACCCUGAGAAGGAUGCCAGUUUUAAAAUUUGCAUGAAGGCAUGCUUACUGCAGAUAUCCGGUUAUAAACAGCUCUAUUUGGAUGUAGAAAGUGUGAGAAAAAAGCCGUAUGAUUCUGAUAACAUGCAACAUGAAAAGCUGCUUCUCAAGCUUUGGAAUCUUCUAAUGCCCACAAAAACAUUGAAGGCUAGAAUCUCCAAGCAGUGGGCUGACAUUGGUUUCCAGGGUGAUGAUCCCAAAACAGACUUCAGAGGCAUGGGCAUACUUGGAUUAAUCAAUCUUGUGUAUUUCAGUGAAAAUUAUACCAGUGAAGCUCAUCAGAUUCUUUCCCGUUCAAAUCAUCCAAAAUUAGGGUAUUCUUAUGCAAUAGUUGGAAUCAAUCUUACAGAGAUGGCUUAUAGCUUGCUGAAGAGUGAAGCUUUGAAGUUUCAUCUCUACAACUUUGUUCCUGGUGUGCCAACGAUGGAACACUUUCAUCAGUUUUAUUGUUAUCUUGUCUACGAAUUUGAUAAAUUUUGGUUUGAAGAAAAGCCAGAAAGCAUUAUGUACUUCAACAUAUAUAGAGAGAAGUUUCAUGAAAAGAUUAAAGGACUCUUACUGGAUUGCAACGUAUCACUUACUUUAAAAAUAUGAAUCGUCCAUCACUUUUUCUAUUUCUACCACAUUUUGCACACACUACAGAAUUUAUAUGUUGUAAUAGAAAUUAUCUGAUCAAUUAUUCUCCUUAUAUCUAAUUUCCUACAAAAAUAUUUCAGAAAUUCUAUUUAAGAAAGCUAGUGGACAAUCAGUGUAUGUUUACAGUUGUUUGUACACUGUCCUUCCAAAGAUCCCCUCUGGGAGUCACGAGAACUGCAGUUUGGAACUUGGGACCUAGCCCAGUUAGUGUCAAAGUACAAAUCAGGUAUUUGUAUUAAAUUGGUUGAUUAAAAUGUGUAAACGUCAGUUUUCAUUGUUCUGUGUUGUAGCUAUCAAGUUGGUAUCUUUUCGAAGUUCUUUUAAGAUUUUUUUGUUCUUUAGUUUGGAAAUGAUUGUUUUUUAUUUUUGGCUUAUGGUGUUUUAAAGUUAAUUAACAGGGAGAGUUGUUCUUCCUAGUUUUCUUUAUUUUCAUCUCAAUCCCAUGUCAUAAUGUUGCUUCGUUAGGAGCAAUGAGAACGUAGGGAUGUCGGAGAGGAUCAAGAAUCACAGCCUCCUUGGUUUCUCUGAUUAGUUAGCAUUAUAGUUAAUGAGAGAGUGACAGUAUUGGUGACUAGCUUUUUUGUUUUUAAAUACCACACUUUAAAAUGUCAUGGUGUUAUCUUAAAGCUUAAAGAAAUUUUCUCCUCUUCAGUAUUUGCUUUUUAUCAGUUGUGGUAAAGAAGCUUUGCAGUGCUUGGUGUGAGGGCCUCUUAUGAGGCCUCUCUACCUCUGUGUGUUUAUGAAAAGAGAUGUAUGUGCUAAGAAAAUCUUGAUUGUAUUCAAAGGACAGUUGAUAUUUCAAUAAAGCUGUCUUUGAACUUAAACAAGAGGAAAACUUAAAGCUUUUUAAAAAUCUCGCUUACAUAUCGUUGGUUUAUUUGACUUACUGUUAACUCUUUACUUUGACUCCCUAGUGUUUCUAGGUAAUGAUGUCUGGACUUCUUGGGUAUUCUUUGAGUUGACAGUCUGUGGGAUUCUGCGGUAGGCUGAGGAUGAUGAUUCUGCAGGAGCAUUUUGUAUAGCUUUAUUCUCCUAAAAUCUCAGGAGGGCAGCACGUACUGUCAAGGAUCACGCAGUGAUGAGAUUCUAAUGGGAGUGGUUUCUUCUUUGUGUGUUUUACACAUUCGUACUCAUAGCAAAACUAAGAGUUUAAAGAUAAGUUCAUCUGAUUACUAAGUUCUCCUUAAAUCCUACAGAAGCCAGCCUUUUAAAGACAUAAUUUAAUCUAAAACAUGAUGAUAUUUAGCACAUCUUUUAACGUGGUAUAUAUCAAGUGUUUAAGGACUGGCUUUUAUGUGAUAUAGCAAGACCUGAGACUUUCAAGUAUUUGUUCAUGUCUGUUGACAAACCCCUAUCUUCAAACUUGCCAAAGAGAAGAGUGGUAAAAAAUAUCCUGUUGGAAAAUAACAGAUGCAGUGUUGUACAGCACAUACAUUAAGAGUGCAUGCAUUAAAAUUAUUAUUUUCCCAACAAGAUAAAACUAUUUUUAAAAUUGGGUUUAUUUUAUUGUAAUAGUGGCAUUUUAGUUUUCAGUAUUAUAGGAAUUUAAAAAUUGGUUUCUUGUGGGGGACUUCUCAACCUUGAGAGUAUCUUAAUUUUUUAAAUGUUUUCAAUACUUUAUUAUCCAGCUAGAGUUCUAUGCGAUGUAGCAAAAUCCUGAUAAGGAUCAGGCUUAACCUUUAAAGUUCAUUUUAUCAAGGUGUUUACUAUUACAUGGAAAACAAUUCUCUUAGUCUUUUAGUUUUCGUGCUGAAAUACUUAUCUUUAUAUUUUAAUCUUUCAACAACUGAAAUCUUGAUCUGAUUUUAAACCUUUAUUAGUAUCCUUAAUAAAAGAAUGAUUGAAGUAUGGAAGGGGAAACUUUUUAAGUAAUUAAGUCCUCCCCUUCUAAGGAAAAAAACUUUUUAAUAAUAUUUAAAAAAACAGAAAGUUUGCUUAAUAAUAUGUUCUUUAAAUCCACCUCUGUUUGUACAAUGUUCUGUUUUUGCCUAAAAUAAUCACUAAUAAUUUCAGAUAGUUCUAUAGUGAAUUGGUCUAAAAGCCACCAACAAAUUCUAAGGUUUGAUAGUCUGGAAGCCAAGCUAAGUGUCACCAGUUUGUAAAUUAGAAUGUAACAUGAGCCUUCUAACUUUUAUGUGAUAGUGACAUACGUGAAAAAUAGCGUAAUUGUGUCUGCCUUCCUACUUUUCCUUGCUUUCAACAUAUGUAUGUUUAAAUUUUAUGUAGUCUUAAAGUCCAUAUUUAGAAUUUUACCUGUUUCUAUAAUAAUUAAUAAAAUACCAAAGUAGUAAUAGAAUUGAAGUAGCAGGAAAAUUAUGUUUGUUUUAGCAGCAAACAAGUGAAUCACUGUUGAAAUGAAUUUUUGUAUAUGCCAGAUUGAAGACAGUGUGUCAGUGACAAGAAUGGUAUACAAAUAUAAUUACAAUAGUUGUAGUUCAAAUAUGUUCUGAAAGACAAUCUUUAAAGAAAUUAGAGAAGUCAGGGGAUAUCAGUGAAACUAGACGAACCUCUCUUUGUGUAUAAAUGUGGUGAUAUAGUUAAAUAUACCAUUUACAGAAAACAUCUUUUUCUUGAAAAUCCCCAUUCUGAUUUUUUUUUUCUAUUUUAAGAGCAACUUGGAUUUGUAUUUUUCUCUGUGAAAAUAUAUGUACUUUUCAUUUUUAUUCCAGUGUUCAUAAUUGUUUAUGUACUGUUUCUCCUCUUUGCAUUCAGUGAACUAGGACUUGGUCAAGGAUUUACUCAAAAUAGAAGCAUUAUAUGAAUGUGAAAAGUGGAAUGCUCGUUGCCAGAGCAGAAAAGAUGAAAUGUUAUCAUUGCAGAAGAGAAGAAGUUUGGCUUAGAGGGCAAUAAUGUUUAUUAUCCUUCUUGAAUUAAUGAUUGGGACCAGCAGCUAUUUUCUCAGGAUAAAGAGUCCACCCAACUUCUCUGUGAACAAGUCUGGGGAGACUUAAUUUCCAUUUUCAUAUUUAUGAACCUCUCCAUACAAGCAAUUUUUUAAUGAAAAUUAAUGGAAUUAUUAAAAAUCUGAGAGAAAUAAUGAGUGAGCCUUUUUUUCUUUUCUGGCCUGAAGCCAUUUCUUUUGACAAGAAAAAUUUAAAACGUAGUGCAGAUAAAACCCAACUGCUACAUUACUGUUAUUGGGUGAUUCUAAGUUUCUGUUAAACAAAGUAUUCAAAAAAUAUCUAAGCAGUAGCUUUCCCUGGGGGAAAAAGUGCUAGUUGGAAACUUAAAGAAAUAGAUUUUUGUCUACUGUGGAUAAAUCAGUUAACUUCUAUGUAAAAGCAAUAGUUGAAAUGUGUUGUCAUUUGUUCAGAAUGUUGUGAGCAAAUAAAAAACAUCUUUAAAUUGUUA